GACGUCAUAGUUUUUUCUUUUGGCCGGAAGUAAAAUUACUGAAAAAUAAACAUUAGUUUUACUGUCUAUAGUUUUCUUGAAUAAUGAAUCUUCUGGUGUUCCUAGUGGUUUCAUUUUCAUUGAUUUGUGGUUUGAAUGGAAUGCGCUUGAAGCGAAACAAAGACCAGCAGAACGAGUGUCCCAAAGGAUUUGAAAAGUUUAAGAAGCACUGUUUCUACCUCAGCAAGGAGAAAUUAUCUUUUAGUGAUGCCAGGAAGACUUGUAAACAGAUGGGUGGUCAUCAAGUCUGGAUCUCCGAUAAAUGGAACACAAAAAAACCGAAGGAGAAAAUUGUUGUCCAAUAUUUGUAUUUAUGUAAUUACAGAGAGAACAUCUAUCACCCUAAUCCUUACGUUUGGUUGCCAAGUGUCAGAAGCGGUAGGCAUAUAAAGUUUAUAUGGAUUGAUUCCGGGAAGUAUGCCACGUGGUUCAUGAACAGGCAUGGAUACCACUUCCCCGCCGAAUUUUCGUAUUCAGACAGACCAGAUCUUUAUAUAUCUGCCUUUGGACAUGUUAUGGGUUGUCAUUAUCGUUGUAAGCCAUUACAAGCGUUUUGUGAAGCAAGCAUGGUAGCUAAGAAUCACACGACUUCGGAGCCAGCUGAAAAUAUAAAGAAUCCCAAACAAACUAAACCGAGAAAAUCGAAUCCAAAAGGCAGGAAAAAUAGUGGUAAAAUAUCUAAGCCGAAAAAAUCGAAUCCAAAAGGCAGAGAAAAGAGUGGUAAAAAGUCUAAACCAAGAAAACAGAAACCACGAGGAAGAAAAAAGAGUGAUAAAAAGUCUAAACCAAGGAAACAGGAACCACGAGGAAGAAAAAAGAGUGGUAAAAAGUCUAAACCAAGAAAACAGAAACCACGAGGAAUUAGAAAGAGUGAUAAAAAGUCUAAACCAAGGAAACAGAAACCACGAGGAAGAAAAAAGAGUGGUAAAAAGUCUAAACCAAGGAAAUCAAAACCACAAAGCAGAAAAAGCAACAGAAAACAGUCCAAGUCAGAGAAAUUGAAAUCAGCUGACGGAAGAAAGAGUAGCAAAAAAACUAAUCAAAGUAUAUCAGAACAAACUAAGGGGAAAAAUGCUACCUCAUAUCCUGUUUCAGAGUGUCCCCAAGGGUUUGAAAAGUUCAAGAAGCACUGUUUCUACCUCAGCAAGGAGAAAUUAUCUUUUAGUGAUGCCAAGAAGACUUGUAAACAGAUGGGUGGUUAUCAAGUCUGGAUCUCCGAUAAAUGGAACACCAAAAAACCGAAGGAGAAAAUUGUUCGCCAAUAUUUAUAUUUAUGUAAUUACAGAGGUAACCUCUAUCACCCUAAUCCUUACGUUUGGUUGCCAAGUGUCAGAAGCGGUAGGCAUAUAAAGUUUAUAUGGAUUGAUUCCGGGAAGGAUGCCACGUGGUUCAUGGACAAGCAUGGAUACCACGUCCCCGCCCAAUUUUCGCAUUCAGACAGACCAGAUCUUUAUAUAUCUGCCUUUGGACAUGUUAUGGGUUGUUAUUAUCGUUGUAAGCCAUUACAAGCGUUUUGUGAAGCAAGCAUGGUAGCCAAGAAUCAUACGAAAGCGAAUUCAACAGACAGAAAAAUGAAACAGAAACGAAAAAUAGAUUCAGGUGAAAAAGAAGAUAACAAUGAUGAUGAUUAUGAUGACUAUAAAUAAGAAAUAGAAGUUUGAUCUCAACAGCAUAUUAACCCGAGAACCAGAAUAGUUAAUCAGUCAUCACUUGUUACAUAUAUGCUUGAUUUUAUUUAAAUUUUUUGAUAUUUGUAAAUCGGUGAAUAUAAAAUGUAUGUAAAUAAG